AGUCGUUAAAAUGCAUGUGUCUAAUGCUCAUUAUGCUCAAUUUGAGUGUCAAGCGAAAAUGCUUCGUUACGCUGCUAGGUAAUUCGUAUAGCAUUAAAUAUUUAGGCCGUGUUCAAAUAGGAACCGGUUGCAUUCCUAUAAAGGCAUAUGGUUUGCGACCGAAUAGUACAUAUAUCAGCAAUGAAGCCACUAGCUGCUUUAUUAUUACUGGUAAACGGUAGUAUUGCUAUCAUGAACGCCAAUUUAUUGGAGGAUUACUUACGAUGGCAACGUGUGAGAAUUGUUAUCAUUUUUCAUUGCUUGGAUCAAAAUGGCGAAAUUCUUCGACUAUCCCAGCUUUCAAAUUUCAACGUACAAAUUCACUUCGAAGAUAUUUCAAAGUUUGACACUGCACGAUGGAAUCAUACUCAAGUGAUGAAGUUCAAUUAUAAUAAAGUGGGUGCUGUGAUGGAUUUAGGCUGCACCGAUACUGCAAACCUGUUCGAACUGGUCUCCGCCUACGAAUACUUCAAUGCAUCCUAUUAUUGGUUGAUGUUUGGUAACGAUUCGGUAAUGUCUGCCGCCAAUUUGAUGGAGAAGCAGAACUUGAACAUUGAUGCAAAGGUUACUCUAACCGUCGCCAGGGAUGAAUUGGGGCAAAUUUUCGACCUGUACGAUGUGUAUAGUGUUUCGAGAUCGCGUGGAUCUCAAUUAAAUGUCACUUUGAUGGGCAGUUGGAGCGUAAAGCAGGGACUAGAUAUUAUAGUUCAUCAGACCGAGUACGAACGUCGGUUUGACUUCAGAGGGAUUUGGUUGAAGGCUGCCGUGACGGCGUUAGAUCAAGUCCAUCAUACAACACUACAGGAGCAUUUGGCUAGUGAUGCGAAAGUUGAUAAGUAUGCACUCCAUAGAUUCGGCUACCGGAUGUGGUGGUUUGUAAUGCAGAAGCAUAAUUUUACGAUGCGCUUCGUUCGUACGCCAACAUGGGGACUCUCCAACACUGACGGUCGUUCUAACAAAGGCAUAAUCGGUUUGGUAGCCACCAAACAAUGUGAUUUGGCUAUAAAUUGUAUAUCCUAUACGAAAGAUAGAAUCGGCGCGUUGGAUUAUACGGUAACGGUUGGCGUUUCCAAGAUGCUCUUUGUGUUUCGUCACCCGAGAAAAAGUCACGUUCGUAACAUUUUUUUACAACCAUUCCGUAUUAGCCUGUGGAUGGGAGUGCUAGCCAUUAUUACAUUCGCAUCCGCUAUACUAUUCGGAAACUUUUAUGCCGAAGGUUCCAGAUAUCAUUCAGAUAAAUCAGUGAGAGAUAAUCGAAGCUUGUCGUUUCUAGCAGUUUGUGGAAUUCUCUGUCAACAAGGAUUCGCUGGUAAAACAAUUUUCAGCUCAACCAGAAUCACGCUUAUAAGUACAUUACUCUUUUCGAUUUUAAUCUAUCAAUUUUAUUCGACCUACAUCGUGGGCUACUUGUUGAUAUUGCCCCCAAAGUUCAUGACAACUCUGAAGCAUUUGCUCGAUAGUAACCUGAAGGUGAUCGUAGAAGAUCUAGCAUACAACAUCGACUACCUGAACAAAACCAAAGAUCCGGUCGCCAUUGAAUUAUACAACCGAAAGAUUCUCAACGGGGAGAACAAUUUCCUGAACGUUACCGAAGGGAUCGCCCGAGUUAGGAAAGGAGGCUAUGCAUUCCAGUGUGACACGGCUUACGCCUAUCCACUAGUAAUGGAAACUUUCACCGAUCAGGAGAUUUGUGAUCUACAGGAAACUUAUCUGAAUCCGAUCCGUCCGUUACACAUGCCUUUGCGAAAAGGUAGCCCCUUCAAGGAAAUGUUUCGCAUAACGUUGCGAAAAACGGUGGAAACUGCCGUCGCGAGGUAUCAACAGCAGCGUUUCUUCUGCAAUAAGCCCAGGUGUGCGAAGAAUGAGCUGGACACAACGGCCGUCGAUAUGGAUCACGUUUCUACCUUGUUUCUUGGAUUAUACUUUAGUAUUGUUGGCAGUAGCGGUAUCUUAUUAGUGGAGUUAUUACAUCGCUUCAUCUCGAAGCGGCGAAUAGUUCCAGUGGUUGCAAGCAAUAAACAGUAGAGAUAUAUUUUUAGAAAGUUAUCCGAUGAAUUGUUGUAAGAUUGGUUGAGUUGGAUAAUCUUUAAAGUUGGCAUUUUGAAACUAUUGCACCACAAAAAGGUCGCAACAAAUUUGACAAACUGAACCAUGAUGAAAAAUGCUGGAUAAAAACUUCGACUGGCAUGACACACAGUUACAAAAAACGAUGGUGCAAAAAAGUAAAUAAACAAAUUAAUUAUCCUGAUCAAUUAUUAAACGUCACCACUUGUGGUUCAACACUCAAUAUGUAAUA